AUGCCAAAGCCCACCACAGGCAGCACGACUUCGAUACCCCCUCCCAAACCCAACGAAGCCCUCCUCCCCCUGCCCCCCACUCGCCAACUCCACUACGCUACCACGGGCCCACCCACCUCCCGCACCGCCAUCCUCUUCUUCUCCGGCUACCUCUCCAUCGGCACCGCCGACCACCUCCCCGCCCCGCUCGCGACCCUGUCCCCCACACCCGCACACUGGAUCGCGCCCACCCUCCCAGGAAACGGCGAGUCCAGCCCCACGGCGCGCGGCCUGCCGUACCACACCUCCCUCGUGCGCGACAUGUGCGCGCUGCUGCAGCACCUCUACCCCGCCGGCCCGGAGGCGGCCCUGGACGCGCUGUACGUCGCCGGGGGCAGCUAUGGGAGCGUGGCGGCGCAGACGGUGUAUGGCGCUAGCCGGGAGGCGUUCCCCUGGGGCGCGAAAGUUAGGGGGUUGCUGCUGUUGGCGCCGUUCUCGCCGUUCAGGUUGCAUGACGGGUAUGCGAGGGAGAUGACGUGGGCGAAUUGGGUGGGGGUGGGGCCGUUGAGUGUGUGGGUGCCGGGGAGGGUGGUGCCGAGGUUGGCGAGCUGGGCUGUGUGGUGGAUGGUGAGGGAUGUAGCUAGUGCGGAGGGGUUUAUGAAAGGGUUUGUAUUGGGGAGGAUGGGAGGGGAGGAGAGGAGGGAGUGUGAUGCGUGGUUGGGGAGGAGGGGGUUGACGGAGGAGAUGUGGAUUAGGGGGAUGGCGGAGGGGGCGGUCAGGUGUGUGAGGGGGAGGCAGGGAGGGUGCCGCGGGUUUUUGGAGGGGCCGGAUGUGUUGCAUUCGGAUUGGGGGUUUGAUCCCAGAGAGAUGGAGGGUAGGGCGCCGGUGCUGGUGGUGGGGGCUGAUGAGGAUGAUUUGGGGCUGGGGAUGUGUCGGUGGUUGCGGGAUAGUUACCCGGAGGCAAGGCUGAAGGUGAUCCAGGGUGGACAUGUGGCCGCUAUCUGGAAGAUGGACGAGAUCUGGGAAGAGAUGCUGGAAAUGGCAUCGAGAAAUCAUGGGCCUGAGGUAGCAUGA